CAUUUCCCAUUUUGCAAAUUAACUAAACCAUGGCUCUCUCACUCCAUGCAAAAGUUUUGUUUGCUGUGCUGAUGAUCUUAGGUACACGGGCAUCUCAAUCCAUGUCCCGACCAAUCAUGGAUGAAGAAGCCAUUGUUCAGAAGCACGAGAAAUGGAUGGCUCACCAUGGACGAAAUUAUCAGGACAAUGAAGAGAAAGAGAGGCGAUUUCAGAUAUUCAAGACCAACUUGGAAUACAUAGAAAAUUUCAACAAUAAUGCAACCAACAAAACGUAUAAGUUGAGUCUCAAUGUAUUUGCAGACUUAACUGAUGAAGAAUUCUUCGCCACUUACGCUGGCUUCAGGGUUCCCUCACUCCCCAAAACAAACAAAACAACACAAUUCAAAUAUGCAGAUCAGGCCGAUGAAGCUCCGGAAAGCAUUGACUGGAGAGAAAAGGGAGUUGUCACCUCCGUUAAGGACCAACAUCAUUGUGGUUGUUGUUGGGCAUUUUCAGCAGUAGGAGCAGUGGAAGGAAUAAUCCGCGACGGUGUGUCCCUUUCUGCGCAACAAUUAGUGGACUGUGUGAGUAAUAAUUACGGCUGUAAUGGCGGCACGAUGGUAAAUGCUUUCGAAUACAUAAUACAAAACCAAGGCCUCGCCUCAGAAGAGAAUUAUCCAUACACUGAAAUGCAGGGAAUGUGCACAGAGAGCAACUCAGUUGCAAAGAUAACUGGUUAUGAAAACGUACCCAGCAAUAACGAGAACGCCCUAAAACUGGCAGUAGCGAACCAGCCCGUCUCAGUAGCCAUCGAUGCUUAUGGACAAAGCUUCAAGUUAUACAGCGGUGGUGUGUUCAAUGGGGACUGUGGAACUCAGCUAACCCAUGCUGUUACUGUAGUUGGGUAUGGGGUAAGCUCCGAGGAUGGUUCCAAGUACUGGCUUAUCAAGAACUCAUGGGGCGACUACUGGGGAGAAAACGGAUACAUGAGGCUUCAGAGAGACGUGGAUGCCAUGGAAGGUCUAUGUGGAAUUGCCAUGCAAGCUUCAUAUCCUACCGUUAAUUAAUCCUGUUUUGGCUUUACUUAAUUAAUUACAUAUAUUAUGUUGCUUAU